AUGGAGUCGUUUUACAUAUUCGUGUUCUGUUUGACUGCCGUUCGUUGUGAUAUUUAUAAUGUGCAGAUAAAUACUGACAGACAUGUUAACCUAGUGGACGAGCGCUUCUUAAGUUUCGCCAUCGACCCCACCCAUCUCUUCGCAUCUAUCGGAAAAUAUAACAGCAAGGAGUGCUCCUGUAUGGCUUCGGCGUUGGCACCGGCUUACCUUCGAGUGGCCGGUCCGUCCACGUCUCGGCUUACGUUCGCCAACAACAGUAUCGUUUUACGAGAUUCGUUGAAAAAACAGAGCGCGCAGGGCGGAGAUAUCCGAACCGUGGCGCCUCGACAAUGGCAAAGGUUCGCGAAGUGGGCUAACAAUACUGAACUGGACAUCGUUUUCGCGCUCAACUCCGUCGAGAAGACGGAGUCUGGGAUGUGGGACCCGAACACAGCGCUAAGCGUGCUCACAGCGGCCGACACUUUUGGGAUCGACGACAUCUUCUGGCAGUUGGGAUACGAAUGUAAGAAUCAAUCUAUCGAAGAAUACUUUAACGACUUGGAAACCCUGCGAGUGAUAAUCGAGACCUUCCCGCGGCCACGGUGGAAGGUAGUCGGCGGCGACGUCACCGAGUGUCUCCAAGUUGACUCCAAGAGCGAUUUUAAGGAUUACGUGACGCUCUCCAACGAUAUGAUGGACGCCAUAAUGUUGAACGGGAAUUCCUCAUCUCGAGAGUUAGAGAGGAUGGCAGAAAGGGAUCGAGCGAAGUUGUUGAGACUGUUGACGCGGAGCGACGUGCCUCUGUGGCUGACCGAGCACUCCAGUGCCGAGACAGAGUUGCAGCGAGCUGCCGAGUGGCUGGCGAGUCUCGGCUUCUCGGCGCGCAACGGGUUCUCCGUGCACUACAGAGACCUACUCCCGGAAGAACUGCACGAGCCUACUCUGAGCUUCUACAUGGCUUUAUUAUUUAAAAACCUCGUUGGCCCACGAGUGUUAGACGUCGCCGUGGACAUUUCAAAGGCGACCCUCUUCGCACAUUGCACUUCUCUUCAUCACAAACCGAUAUCCGGUGCCUUGACGUUUUACGGAGCCAACAUGGACGAUGAACCGGCCAGAUUUUCCCUCAAGAUGUCCAAAAGGGAAGAGGGAGGCGACAUUAUGCAAUUUAUUCUCGGUCACGAUGAAAACGAAAAUAUUGUGGUAAACAGCCACGCCAUGUAUUACGAAGGAGAUAUCAGACCCGUGGUUAAACGGGUUCGUCCUUACAAGACAUUACUCAUCACCCUUCCUCCGAAGUCGUUUGGAUUUUGGGUCCUAGCUAACACUCAAAUAGAAGCGUGCCGUAAUGUAGACGAGGAAAACGGUGAGGAAAGCCUUGACGUUGUGACCUCGACCCGAGAGCCUCCUUUGCUAAAGGUAAAAAGAUCUCUUGCUACCGGAGACCCAGAUCCUCUUGGUGAAAUUUUCAAGGUACCUGACAACUACAUCGCAUUAGAUAAAAAUGCAGCUCUAAAGGACCGUGUUGAUAGUAUUAACAGAGACUUAAAGAAAAUGCAGUCGGUUUUCCAGGAAAAAAUGAAUAAUGAUGCCUUAAGUAGACUCCGCCGUCACGUGUCAAUCUUAAGGGACCAAAGUUUACUUCACAGAAACAAAAUAAUGCGUCGAAUGCCUUACGGGUCUACUCUAAUAAACAAAUUACUAGGUAUCACUGAUAGUUUAAAACGACCUGUAGGAUCACUAAAGAAAGUGGCACUAAGAAAAAGGCCUUUACAAAACCAGACGGAUAUAAGGAAUCCGAAGCAAAGAAAUGAACAGAAAAAGUCGAUCAAUGCAAACUUUAUUUCCAGGCCAUUUGUAGUUGUAAAAAAGAAAAAUGUCGAUAGUAAUAUUCGUAGCCAACGAGUCGAUGGCGGUGAAGCAGCUUUAAGAAAACGGAGAAGUAUUUCGGGUAAAGGGCUCUCGAAAUUUUCCCAAAAUUCUAUAGAUCUAAGCAGUAAAGAAAGUUUACAAUUUUCAAAAGUUUUGCAGAAAAUAAAGAAAAUCAGCGAUAUACCACUAGGCAUCGACAUUAGUAGGACUAACAAUGAUUACGAAGAUCCAGAAAAUGAUGGUUACGUCAAUGCCUUACAAACAAACGUCGAGAAAGAUGACGCUCUCAUCGACAUAGAUGAAAAUCCCAAUGUCGGUUUAAUUACAUCGACUUUCGAAGAUUUGCUAUCCAUACUGUCCGGACUGCAUACAAAAUUCAAAAGAGUCUGGGAUACGAUGACUCUGUUAGAAUAA